UCUCUUUAAUUAGCGACAAAAAAAAUUAUUGUUUUGUGAUAAAGAUAUUACUGAACAUAGCUACUUUAACUUCGACUUAUGUUUACUUUUUCUGGCGGUAGUUUCUUUUUUCUAUGGAUUAAUCUGAUGCAAUUCAUCUUAAUUUGCUUAAUUUGAUGCAAGUCAUCUUAAUAUUAUAUUUUUAUAGCAAUUUUUUUUCAACCUGUCAUGGCAAAUCGUGCGUUGCUGUUAUUUCGUCGAAGUAAACUUUUUGAUUUUCCGAAAUUGCAGGGGAAUCUGUUUCUUUUACAAAUCAAUUCACUUAAUUUUUCAACUACUUUGCCUGAAAAGGAACUCAAACAUUUUUUUAAAAGUAAAAAAAAAGUUGAAACAGAAAAACCAAUAACUCAACAGCCCAUAACAGAUUCGAAGUGCAUUGUUACAAAACAAGAUCCUACUGAUAGUGCUGAAUAUUUUAAAAUGCGCAGCCAAGUAGUUGAAGAGUUAAAAGCUGCUGGUAAAAAUCCGUAUCUAAACAAAUUCAAUGUUUCAAUAUCCUUAGAAGACUUCGUAGAUCGGUAUAAGAAACUCGAUAUUGGUCAAAUAUUAAAGGAUGUGAAUGUAUCAGUGGUUGGCCGUAUUCUAACUAAACGAGAAUUCGGAUCUAAUUUGGUUUUUUAUGACCUUGUAGGAGAAAAGGCUGAGAUUCAAGUUAUGGCUGACGCAAAUCAUUAUCCUAAUAAAAAAGAAUUUUGUGAAAUAAAUAAUAGAAUGCGAAGAGGAGAUAUUAUAGGAUGUUCAGGACAUCCAUGCAAAACCGAAAGAGGAGAACUAAGUAUUGUACCUACCCAUAUGGAGAUCUUGGCACCCUCUCUUCAAAUGUUACCACAUCCGUAUUACGGGCUGAAGGAUAAAGAGACUCGAUUUAGGAAGAGAUUUUUAGAUUUUAUUUUCAAUGAUUCAACAUAUCAACGACUCAUUCUUAGAGCUAAAGUCAACAAAUUUAUACGUUCUUUUUUGGAUCAGCGGGGCUUCAUUGAAGUGGAGACUUCGAUGAUGCAUACAAAACCGGGAGGAGCAACUGCUAAACCGUUUAUGACUCAUCACAAUCAUCUAAACAUGGAUUUAUAUUUGCGAAUCGCUCCAGAACUCAAACUAAAGGAGACUCUUAUAGGUAGGCCUGAUCGUGUGUACGAUUUUCGAAAUGAGGGAAUAGAUUCGACUCAUAAUCCAGAAUUUACCACUUGCGAAAUGUAUGAAGCAUAUAAAGAUUAUAAUGAUUUUAUGAAGAUGAUAGAGAACUUAUUUUCUGAAAUGGUUAAUGAUAUUUGUAAGUCUAAUAAGAUAAUAUAUAAGCCUGAUGGUUUUGAAGGUAAGGAAUUAGAAAUUGAUUUCGCCCUCCCUUUUAAAAAGUACCCAUUACUUCCUUCUUUGCAAGAAGCAAUGGGAGAAGAACUGCCCAAACCAUGUGAAUAUCACUUGCCUGAAGCCAAUAAAAGAUUGUCUUAUCUUUGCUCCAAAUAUAACAUUGAGUGUGCAGCUCCAAGAACAAGUAAGAGGCUGCUGGAUAAACUGAUUGGACAUUUUCUUGAAAAAAAACUUAUCAAUCCUACUUUUCUUUAUGAUUACCCGGAGAUAAUGAGUCCUCUUGCCAAGUGUCAUCGUAGUAUUUCAGGGCUCACUGAAAGAUGGGAACUUUUUAUUGCCAAAUCUGAAAUAGUCAAUGCAUAUAGCGAAGAGAAUGACCCUGUUGUCUUGAGGCAGAGAUUUAAGCAACAGGCCCUAGACAGAUUUGCUGGUGAUAAUGAAGCUCAACUUAUUGAUGAAGAUUUUUGUGAGGCUGUUGAACAUGGGCUAAAACCCUGUGCUGGUGCAGGAAUAGGGAUCGACAGACUUCUUAUGAUUCUUUCCAAUACAUGGAACAUUAAAGAAGUUUUGUCUUUUCCAAUUAUUAAACCUGUGGCAAAUACCCAACAGAAUAAUGAAGAACAACCAUCUCCUAAGAAAUUCUUGUGAUCACUCUUAUUUAUUUUCAGAAGUUUUAUCUUAAAAACUUUUGUGUAUUGUACAAUCUUUUAAAUGAAAUGGAAUCAAAUCUUCCAAAUAGGCCAAGGGUUACUUGGAAAGAAACUAAUUGGACCCUGAUCUUAUUGGUAUUAACAGCAUUUAUAAUUUUUGGUUUUCAUUUAUUUAUUUUUUUUUUUUGUUUGUAAUUGUUUAUUAGCAUGAACCUGUUAAGAAAUAUUAGAAAAAACUAGUUUUAAUUGUCAAGUUUGUUACUACAGUGCAAAGUAUCAUAUCCAGACAUCCGUUUACCGGAAAGAUCUAUUUUCGAAAUGCAUUUUACAACUAUCAAAACUUGUUCCCCUUUACAAUUUUUUUUUUUUUUUUUUUUUUACACUUGUGAUGUUAAAGAAAAACUGUAAAGGGAGAGGGAUCUACUUUUGUAUGGUUUUUAGUCGAUUUCAGAUUUUUGUUUGAUUUUAAUCCGAUUUCUGCUAAAAUAUGAUUUUUAUAAAAGUUUUAUUAUCACUUAAACGAAAUUCUGAGUUUUGUGAUUUUGGAGGCAUUUCAUUACAGUGUGAAAAAAAUCAGUUCUUUCCCUCUAGUUUUGCAUAAAAAGAUUACUAAAGCCAAGAACCACACUCUCAGUUUCAGACCACCCUAAACUCUGACAUUUUGAAAAUUUUGGGUAUUUGAAAUGAAAUUGUCAUGACUAGAACAUGUCAUAAAGUGAUUAGUUAAAAGCCUGAUUUGAAAUGUGCAGAUAGUAAUGAUAUUUGUCUAUCAAGGAGAAUUUAAAAUUUCAAAAACUAUGUGGAUAUCCAAAACUGUUGAAAAGACGAUCGAUAAAAAUGCAAAAUCGUUACGAAU